AUGUGGUUCCAUAUCUCCGAUCCCAAUGGCUACCUCGUCAAGACGGGUUUGGGCAUCGAGAAGGUUGACAUUCAGAAGAAGGCAUUCGUUUGGCCUUUUCAAAAAGUCACCAAGCUCAGCAUCACGCCCUUUGACUUCAGCAUGUCCCUUCAAGCCAUGACAAGCGAAAAGCUCCAAUUUUCACUUCCGGCAGUCUUCACGAUCGGUCCAGAUGACAACGUCGAAGCCUUGACACGGUAUGCGGUUCUAUUGACCGGCGAUUCUGACGGGCAAGUCAAAGCUAGGAGCGGUGCAGUGGCCACUGGUCGCAACCAUGUCCAGGAGAUCGUCAAAGGCAUCAUUGAGGGCGAAACCAGAUCGAUCGUAUCGAACAUGACGAUGGAGGAGCUUUUUGCUCAACGGAAAAUGUUCAAGGAUCAGGUCAUUGAAUGCGUGCAAAAGGAACUGGACCAAUUCGGCCUUCGCAUCUACAAUGCUAACGUCAAGGAACUCCAAGACUUGGGAGACUCCAAGUAUUUCGAAAGUCUUUCCCGCAAGGCUCACCAGGGAGCGCAGUCUCAAGCUGAGGUCGAUGUGGCUCUGGCGCAGGGACGGAGCAAGCAAGAGAUUGCAAAGAUCAAUGCCAACACCAGUGUAGCUGCGACCGAACGGACCAUCGAAAAGAGCAAUGCGGAGCAGAAGCUGCGUCAACGAGAAAUCAUCAUCGCGCGGGAGCUGAAGCUCGAGCAGAUCGCCGCCGAUCGCGCUGCGGAGCAGAAGGAUGCAGAGCUUCAACGCGUGGUCGAGGAGAAGCGUGCGGCUAUGGAACUAGAAAAGCAGCGUGCCACUCAAGUCACGCGAGCCAAAAUUGCGAGGGAAUCGGCACAGGAGCAGGCGGAUGCUGAAUACUACUCGGCUCAACAACGCAGUAACGCACUGCAGUACGACCAGAAGGCCGAUGCCGAAGCCGCGUUCUAUCGGACAGCGAAGGCCGCCGACGCACACUACUACCAACUGACUAAAGAGGCCGAUGCACUUCUUGCGGCUAAGGAGAAGGAAGCUGAGGCGCUUUUCAUUCAGAAGAAAAGGGAAGCCGACGGUAUCACCGAGAUGGCAAAGGCGUACGGACACCUCGCCGAUGUGCUCGGCGGUCCUCAAGGCUUGAUGCAAUACCUCAUGGUGAAGGAAGGCACUUUGGAGAAGCUGGCGGAAGCCAACGGCCGGGCACUCAAUGGGCUGCAACCGAAAAUCAAUGUCUGGACAACUGGCAAUUCGGAUAGCAGUUCGGAACCACUCGCUCCGAUCCAGAACCUGUUUCGCGCUCUGCCACCUCUAUUCGCUGGUAUCCAAGACCAGACCGGCAUGACCCCUCCUAAUUGGAUGAUCAACAUGCCGCCGGAGCAACAGCGGAGUGCAGCCGAGACAGGUGCGCUUUCGAAGCAGCACGCGGUCGCUUAG